AUGAAGUCCUUCUCAACUAUCCUCGAGUCCCUCAAUCACCAUGCCUUGGAGACACCGGACAAGGUCGUCUUUACUUGGGUCGACAUCAAGUGUGAGGAGCAGGACAGGAUGACAUUCAAGCAGCUGGAAGACCAAUCCGAUGCUGUGGCUUCUCGUCUCCUCAAACUCGGAUGCAAGAAAGGAGAUCAUGUCAUGAUUGCCUAUCCCUUUGGCCUCGAGUUCUUGGCUGGCAUGUUUGGUGCCAUGAAGAUCGGGGUCAUCCCCUGCUCCAUUUAUCCACCCAAUCCCAACCGGCUCAAGACAGAAAUGCCAAAGUUCUGUGGUUUUGCCAAGGAUGCCGGAGCCAAGUAUGCCCUAUCCACUAGCAUUUUUGCUGCUGGCAUGACUGCCGCUAGUGUCCUCUACAAGACUGGUGUCGCUUGGAUUGGGACCAACAAGCUAACAAUCAAGAAACGCAACCCAAACAAACCCAAAGAGUAUGAGACGUUUGUGGGAGAGCCAGAAGGCAUCUGCUUUAUCCAAUACACAUCUGGUAGUACGGGAUGUCCCAAAGGAGUCAUGAUCAGUCACAACAACCUGGUGGAAGACAUUUGGGCCAUUUCACGAGUUUUAGGCACAAACGCUGUGGGAGCCUUGUGGCUCCCACAAUAUCACGACAUGGGGCUUGUGUCGGGAUUUAUGAGCGCUCUGUAUGCCGGAGUUCAUGUUAUCAUGGCAUCACCUAUCGACUUUAUCAUGAGGCCCCUGUUGUGGACUGAUAUGGUAGAGACCUACCAAGCCACUCAUACUUGCGCUCCAAACUUUGCCUAUGCAUUGCUACUGAAACGGUUGAAACAGGCCAACAGAAAUGCCAACUGGAGUCAUGUCACUCAUGCUAUGUUUGCUGCGGAACCCACCCAGAGACAUGUAGUGGAGGAGUUGGCACAAACCCUUUCUAUCAGACGAGAACAUGUGUACAACCUCUAUGGACUGGCUGAGGCUGUUGUGUUUCUCACAGGAGGACCUGCCUACCCUGACUCUGAUGGGGUCGUUUGCUGUGGUCCAGUAGACUCUCCAUCUGUCAAGCUUCGGAUAGUUGAGGAUGGAAAGGAGGUUGAAGAUGGACAAGUUGGGACUAUCUGGGUCCAGUCUCCUUGUGUGGCAGCUGGGUACUAUGGCCAGUCACAGCUGACUGCCUCUACCUUUGCCAACUGCUUGCCUGGUUACGAAGGCACCUGGCUAGACACUGGUGAUUUGGGGAGAGUUUUGGGUGGACAGCUCUAUGUAACUGGACGAGUCAAGGAUGUUAUCAUUAUCAAUGGCAAGAACUACUAUCCAACUGAUGUGGAGCUUUCAGUGGAUGAAACUUUUGGAAUCAUCAUUCGCCCAGGGAGAACAACAGCCUUUCAGCAUGGAGAUGACAGCAUUGGUGUCACAGUUGAGGGCCGCAAGGACUUUGACAUUUCAUCAAAUGUAGAUUUGGCUGUUAAGAUAGCAAACCAUGUGUCCCAAGUUCAUGGGCUCUCUGUUACAGAGGUUGUGGUUCUCAAGCUGGGUGUUACUCCAAAGACCACUUCAGGAAAGUUGAAGAGGAGUGAGAUCCGGCAGACCACUAUUGCUGGUAAUUGGAAGAAAUCCUCUGUGCUCCUCAGAUUCCAACGACAGGCAAAUGAAUCACCUUUCGAGGAGAGCUCUUUCCUUGAGCAUAGCUUUGCAAGGAAUGGGGUUACCAGCAGUGAGUUCUAUUUGUCAGAAGGAACUCAAAGUGAAAUCAUGAGAAGAUCAAUGACACUACCAUUUGGGAAUGUUGGCCUUGGCAGUGUGCCCACAAGGAGUGAGUUGCAGGCAAGCAGCCCUGAUCCCAACUCAAAUAGGUCUGUAGAUGGAUGUGGAUCUACAAAUCCAGAUGACUUCUCCAUCAAAUAUGCCAAUGUAAUCACAUCUGUUCUGGGUUCUGAAGUGGACACAUCAAAAACAUGGGCUGAGAAUGGACUGACAUCUCUCAAGAGUGCUGAGCUGAGGAACAUUGUUGAAGAAGUGUUACGUGUGGUCCUUCCAGUCAACUUUGAACAGCUCUACCCAACACCCAGUGAACUAUCAGUAUUUUUGAGAGCAUCAGAGGGCAAGAGCUUCCCCAAGCAAAUUGCAGAUGAUCACACUGACUUCCUGUGGAACUCAGAAAUAUCAAAGCUGAGCAAGCUACAGCUAGGAGCAAUCCAAACUCUUGGCUUCAUUCUGAUCCUCGUGUUGCUCUUUAGCUCAUUGGUUCCAUCCAUCUUCCUUGUUUCCUGGGUCAUGGACAAAUGUGGCUCAUCUCAAGGUGGAGGCUGCAAUGGUCCAAUCUCAUGGUUUUUCUUGCCCAUAACAUUCCCCCUCUUUCUACUGUCCCUUUCAGUGAUUGUAGUAGUCUGCAAGGUGACUGUUGUAGGGAAAUACAAGCAUGAUCAGUUUGAUCUCUUAUCAUGGGACUAUGUUCGCUGGUGGUUUGUGGACAGGCUCAUUGAUCUUUGGGAAGCUAUAGUGGGACAAUUUUUUGUUGGGACCAAAUACAUUUGGAUCUUCUAUAGGCUGCUCGGAGCAGAUGUUGCAUGGUCUGCCAAGAUUGAAUCCUGCAUGCGAGAAUUUGAUCUUGUAAAGGUGGGGAGCAAUGCUACUAUUGGGCACAUGAUCAACUGCAGGAAAUUUUCCCAGUCUGCAGAUUCAGGCCCAAAGUUGACCUUCCGGCCAAUUCUCAUCGGAAAUGACUGCACAAUCGCUGGUAUGGUCAGCCCAGGAGCCAAGAUUGGAGAUGGUAGUAGGGUGGAGAAACUAUCUGUUGUCGAAGAGGGAGCCAUGGUACCACAUGGUGUCCUUGCCAAAGGAAACCCGGCGUGCCAUGCCGGCUCGUUUGAGCACACCAAAUCAGAGUACUGGGAAGAGUCCAUGUUGGAUAUUUUCAAGAUUGUUUGGACAAUCGUUGAAGCCUACCACUUCUUUGCACUGUCAUAUCUUGUCCAUAUGACACUGAACCAACUGUUGCCCUCCUGGCGCUAUGCUACUCUCCUCCAUUGGUUCUUGCUUGUUCCAGGCACUUCGUUUCUUGCCAUCCUCACAAGCAUUCCUCUCAAAUGGCUUCUGAUUGGGAAACGUGAUCCAACAGACGAAUAUGAGGGUUCACUCUGGAAACAAGGAACCAAUUGGGCGUGUGACUUUCACUUCCGAGCAGCUUCCUGGGCUCUUACUCCCUUCUUUGGACAGUCCAAACUUUGGAACAUCAUCCUUUACCUGCAUGGCCUUGAUGUUGACAUGGAAUCACUUCUGAACAACCCCUACCUGAUCUUCUUCCCUUCGAAGGUUGAUUAUGUGAAGAUCCGUCAGUCAUUUGUUGCUACAAUUUCUCUUGACUUUGUCAAUAGAAGGGAUUCCAAGAUUGAGAUUAUCAAAAGCAGCAUUGGUUAUGGUGUCAACCUGCAUGCUGGUGCCAAGAUCAUGCAAUCUGUGAUCCCACCUAGGUUGGAUGUUUCGGAUAAUGUCUAUGAUAUGAAUCAUUCAGCAAAGGCAUGGAAGCCUAGUUUCACCAUGGGCAUGUUGCUUCCUGAACUUGCACAACUACUGCUGAAUGUGAUCCUGUUUGUUACUCUCAUUCCAUCCUAUGAGAUUGGACUGGCUGCUGUAAAGGGCACCCCUGAUGCUCUUUCUGUUUUUGUUUCUGCCACAGCCUUUCUCCUUGUACUGAUUUUGUGGAUUUCCCUGACUUUUGUGAUUGAAAAGAUCAUGUUGAUUCUUCCAAGAUGUGCUCAACAGAGUUUGUUUGGAGUCUACAUUAAUCAUGUCUGGAUCUUCCGCGUUGGCAACUGGCUGGAGAUGCUUCUCUAUGGAACACCACUAUUUCCGUACUAUGCACAACUCAUGGGAGCAGAAGUGAAUGGCGAUCUUUGGUAUUUUGGACAUGCUCUCUAUGAAUACAGUAGACUUCAUUUCCAAGGUGGCACAAUCGUGGACAGCUCCAGCUUGAAUGGCCAUUAUAUUGAUGGCAAUGGACUCACUGUUGGUGACACCUAUGCAUCUGGCAUUUUGCAUCCUGGAUGCUUUGCCGUUGCCGGCUCUGUUGUGGACAGAGAAGAGAAUGGUCCCUGGAAGGUUUUCUUGACAAGUGAUGGCCUGGAUUCCACCGAGGAUCUACGAAGAAGCCAUUCAACCUACCACCAUGGAGAAAAUGAAGCUCUUUAG